CGAAGCUCAAAGGGGCCGCUGGGAUUUCGGGAUUAUGGGCAGAGUUAGGGAAGCAUGUGGCUUUGUCAUUCGCCAUCGUUUUGCACACCGCCACCCUGCGAGGGGGCUCUCUGUGCGCGCCGCGUCUCGUCUGGCCGCCCUCGUCCCUUCCCCCACCCCCUGCCGCCACUCCGACCCGCUCCCAAAGUGGCUUCACAAUAGUCGGUCCUCCAGCGGUGUAGGCAGCGCACCAGGUCCGCCCUCGAGCUAAAUAAGGAGACCCUCUCGGCGCCGAUCUUUGGGCUGGCUGCUCCAUGCGAAGCCUCCGCGACUCAGGCACGCCUAAAGCAACUCAUGCAGAAAAAGGAGAAAAGUUUUGGUAUACAAAUGCUCUCAGUCCAGCCAGACACCAAGCCGAAAGGUUGUGCUGGCUGCAACCGAAAGAUCAAGGACCGGUAUCUUCUAAAGGCACUGGACAAAUACUGGCAUGAGGACUGCCUGAAGUGUGCCUGCUGCGACUGCCGUUUGGGAGAAGUGGGCUCCACCCUGUACACUAAAGCUAAUCUUAUCCUUUGUCGCAGAGACUAUCUGAGGCUCUUCGGAGUGACGGGAAACUGCGCUGCCUGCAGUAAGCUCAUCCCUGCCUUUGAGAUGGUGAUGCGUGCCAAGGACAAUGUGUACCACCUGGACUGCUUUGCCUGUCAGCUUUGUAAUCAGAGAUUUUGUGUCGGAGACAAAUUUUUCCUCAAGAAUAACAUGAUCCUUUGCCAGACGGACUACGAGGAAGGUUUAAUGAAAGAAGGUUAUGCACCCCAGCUUCGCUGAUCUAUCAACAUCACCCUAUUAAGAACACAAAGCACUACAUUCUUUUAUCUUUUUUGCUCCACAUGUAUAUAAGAAUUGACACGGGAACCUACUGAAUAGCGUAGAUAUAGGAAAGCAGGAUGGAUAUAUGAAAUAAAAAGGGGACUGCAUCUGUAUGUAGUGAUAUUGCCCCCGUUCAGAGUUGAAUGUUUAUUAUUAAAGAAAAAACAUAAUGUACAUAUGGCUGGUUUUUUUGCUUGCUAUUCCUUUUUGUGUCACUUGGCAUGAGAUGUUUAUUUUGGACUAUUGUAUAUAAUGUAUUGUAAUAUUUGAAGCACAAAUGUAAUACAGUUUUAUUGUGUUACCAUUUGUGUUCUGUUUGCUUCUUUGUAUUGUUGCAUUUAGUACAAUCAGUGUUUAAACUUACUGUAUAUUUAUGCUUUCUGUAUCUAUCAGCUAUUUUAAAUGAGCUGUAACUUUCUAGUAAAAAAUUGAAGAGCAAAUCUCACGAAUGAUACACAUAUAGAUAAAGCAAGUCUAGCAACAUUAAAAAAACUAAAAAAUAAAGACACACACAAAGCAUUUUAAGCAACAUUCACUAUGAUUGCCACCAUGAUUUAGUCUAUCAGUGUUCUCUUUAUAACCCCCUAUUUUCAGGGGGUUAAGAUCAGCUUUAAAAAAAUGCAUAAAAAUUUCAUCGUAAAGCACUUUCAUUUUAUACCAACGUGAAAAGUGCCACUUUUAGAAUAACUUUAAAGCUUAACAGUUAUCCUUUUAAUACCCUGUGUGUGUGUGUGUGUGUGUGUGUG